AUUGACCAGCGUUAGGGUUUUAAGAGGUUCUCUUUCUUUAAAAGGAGAGCUCAGAAUUUGGUUUGUGUUUUCAUCGAAGCAGAGGGGACGUGUGGUCUCGACGGAGAACAACCAUGGUUCACGUCUCCUUCUACCGCAACUAUGGAAAGACGUUCAAGAAGCCGCGUCGGCCCUAUGAGAAGGAGCGUUUGGAUGCUGAGCUGAAGCUUGUUGGAGAGUAUGGGCUCCGGUGCAAGAGAGAGCUGUGGAGGGUUCAGUAUGCUCUGAGCCGUAUCAGGAACAAUGCAAGGAUGCUUCUGACCCUGGAUGAGAAGAACCCUCGUCGUAUCUUCGAGGGUGAGGCUCUCCUCCGGAGGAUGAACCGGUACGGACUCUUGGAAGAGGGUCAGAACAAGCUUGAUUAUGUUUUGGCUUUGACUGUGGAGAACUUCCUUGAACGUCGCCUGCAGACAAUUGUGUUCAAGACUGGUAUGGCAAAGUCCAUCCAUCAUGCCCGUGUGCUUAUCAGGCAGAGGCAUAUCAGAGUUGGGAGGCAAGUGGUGAACAUCUCUUCCUUCCUGGUGAGAUGUGAUUCAGAGAAGCACAUUGAUUUCUCACUCACAAGCCCAUUAGGCGCUGGACGUCCUGGCAGAGUGAAGAGAAGAAACAUGAAGGCAGCUGCCAAGAAGGCUGCUGGUGGAGAUGCAGAUGAAGAGGAUGAAGAUUGAACAGAGAGUUUUGACCAUUAGUUUCUCCUAGUCCUACUAGGCUUUACUUCUCAGUUACUAUAUCCCAUAUUGGCUUGCAAAUAAUUUUUGUUUCCGAACUUCAUUUCUGCUUCACUCGAGUGAACAAUUUUGCAUUUGAUUAGUUUGAAAUGAUUCAAUUUUUCUAUAAAAUAUAAUCUAUUUUGCAUCUCUUCUCUGUGGGCUUGGCUUAUCACUGACUUGGUCCAAAACCUCACAUUGCAUAGGUCAUAUUUUAUUAUAUGCUUAAUUAAAUGAUUAAAUAUUUAUCAUUUGUCAUCAACCCAUAAAACUAUUCUUCUUCAAACUUCACCCAACCCUCCCAAAAACAGAGUGCAGCCAUGGAAUCUAUCAACAUCUUCAAAGGCUAUGGCAAAGUAAACCCAGAUCAACUUGAAAAUCAAACUCAAACCUCAAACCCAAAAUCCCCCAAACCCCAAAAGCCCAUCUUUUCCACUCUCACCAUCUCAGCCCUCAUCUGCUUGACCUUGGUGAUCGGCCUCCUGCUCGCAGCUCUCAUCCACGCGUCCAACUCCGAGUCCCCUUCUCUCUCCAACUCCAACUCGGCCGAGUCAGCCAUCAAAACCAUCUGCAACGUGACUCGCUACCCCAACUCGUGCUUCACCUCCAUCUCCUCCCUCAACGCCUCUCCAAAGCCCGACCCAGAAGCCAUUUUCAAGCUCUCUCUCGAAAUCUCCGUCUCCGAGCUCUCAAACGUCUCGUCUCUGUUGAAUACGAUGAACUCCGAUCCCGCGACUCGGGACUGCGUGGAUCAGCUCGAGGACGCGCUGAGUCGGCUCAACGACUCGGUUUCGGCGAUGGGACAGAAGUCGUUAACCGAGGCUAAAGUCAACGACAUACAGACGUGGAUAAGCAGCGCUGUGACAGAUCAAGAGACGUGCUUGGAUGGGUUGGAAGAGAUGGGAUCAACGGCUGUCGAUAAAGUGAAGAGCAAGAUGAAGAGGUCCAUGGAGUACACCAGCAACAGCUUAGCCAUUGUGGCUAAUUUCAAGGCCAUUCUUGACAAAUUCCACAUACCGCUCCACUAAUUAUUAUUAGAUUAAUGGAAUAAAAGAAAAA